AUGCACGACCUCCGAAAGAAGGCCCUCCUUGAGAGUGGCAAGACCAUGUCCCGCAAAGCGCGCUCACGUCCCGAUUCAAAGUCCGCGACGCCAAUCACGUCCCCUGGACACUCCCCCGCCGGCUCACGCGCACCUAGCCGCUACGCCUCCGAGGACGAAGGGUCUAGCGACUCUGACUUCGACGACAUGAUGACCAUGAGCACCACCUCAGGGGCUUCCGACCAUGGCGACGACGACGGCACCGGCCGUGCCUGGGUUGACCGCGUGAAUGCGCGAGUGUCGCAAAUUGCCCUUGGUGGCCGCUCUGGCGAGCGCAAGAAAAUAAGCAACCAAGAGAGGGAGGAUAUGCUGAAGUCGUAUCUGCAUCUGGCGCGACAUUACUACACCCGGUCAGAGAUAGAGGCGCCUAUGAAAGACCUGGUUCUUGGCCUUGUCAGAGCGGUCAAGUCGGGCGUCAGCGCCACCGAACGCACGCUUGCGCUCAAGGCUCUCGCGGUGACGAUCCUCACGAACCCUACCAACACAGUCCUCGACCAGUAUGUCACAAGCCUCAAGUCUGCUUGCGAGGAGGAUGAUGCCGAAGAAGUCAAGACGGCUGCGCUCUAUGCCCUUGCCGUAGCGGCCAUGUACGGCGACGGUUCGACAGAGGCCGCGGAGGACAUGAUGCAGUACAUGAUCGAAAUCAUCGAGAGCGAUGGGCACACCGUGGGUGCACCCGACGCCGCAGACGUGGUUGUCGCCGCUCUUCGGAGCUGGGGCUUCAUGGCCGCGCACCUCGAGGACCUGUCCGAUCAGAGUGAGCAAGCCAUGGACGCAUUCGUGGAGCAGCUUGACAGCACAGACGCCUACGUGCAGACCAGCGCCGGCAACAACAUCGCACUGCUAUUCGAGAGCGCGAACGAGUUCGAGGAGUCCUCAGGAGAGAAAAUGAACUUCAAAUACGACCCCAAGAGACUGGCACAGCAGAUGCGGGAGGCCUCGAGAGGCUCAAAAUCCAUGUCCAAGCGCGACAGACGGCACCUCAAGUCGGACUUCAACAGCAUCGCGACCGGGCUCGAACGAGGCAAGGGACCAGGCUACUCGACCGCUGGAUGGGCUGCGUCGAACCCGCACACGGGCGGCAACGCCGUCGUCAGUUCGCAUGGCGGUGACGUUACCGAGUUUGGAUACAGGCAGACCAUCAGCGUCGGCAAGGACAAGCUGACAAUCGACAGCUGGGCGCUGUCGGCCAAGGUCGACUUUCUGAGAACCGUCCUGGCUGGAGGCUUCCCUACUCAUCUCGCCAAGAACGAGAUUGUGCAGGAGAUGAUCUGA